GCCUCUUUACUGCUGCGGCCCGGACAAUAUGGAGAGGGAUGAAAACACGCCGUUAAUACCACACCAGAGGCCCCAAAGAGGUAACGGGAGGCUGUACUUGGCGGCGUUCUCUGCGGUGCUGGGGAACCUGAGUUUUGGCUAUGCCCUGGUCUUCCCCUCUCCAGUCAUCCCCCAGCUGCAGAGGGGAGACGACCCCCACCUGAAGAUGGACACUCAGCAGGUCUCAUGGUUUGGGUCGAUCUUCAACCUGGGGGCGGUGGCGGGUGGUCUGGGGGCUAUGCUCCUGAACGACAGGCUGGGCCGCAAGGCCAGCAUCAUGCUGUCGGCUCUGCCUGCCUGCGCUGGCUACCUGGUGAUGGGGGCGGCACAGGCCGUCUGGAUGCUCUACCUGGGCAGGUUCCUCACCGGCGUCUCCUCCGGCAUGACGGCCGCCUCCAUACCUGUGUACGUGUCUGAGAUCUCUAACCCAAAGGUGCGAGGUGCGCUGGGAUCGUGUCCACAGCUGAUGGGGGUCUUUGGAUCUCUGGCGCUUUAUGCCCUCGGUUUGGUGUUGCCGUGGCGCUGGCUGGCGGUUGCCGGGGAGGUUCCGGUGUUGGUCAUGCUGGUGCUGCUGUGCUUCAUGCCGGACUCGCCACGCUUCCUGAUCACGCAGGGCCGACGCGAAGGCGCCUGCCGGGCCCUGGAGUGGCUCAGGGGCCCCGAGUACUCCGGAGAGCUGGUGCGCAUCGAACACAGCGUCAAAACACAGAGUGGCAUGGGCUGGGCGGAGCUGCGUCAGUCCUUCUACUACAAGCCCAUCCUGAUCGCAGCCUCCAUGCGCUUCCUGCAGCAGAUGACCGGCAUCACACCCAUACUGGUCUACCUGGAGCCCAUCUUCCACCAGACACAGAUUACACUGGAGCCCAGGUACGAUGCAGCUCUGGUGGGGGCCGUACGCCUGCUCUCCGUGAUCACUGCAGCCGGUCUGAUGGACAAGGUCGGCCGCAAACCCCUCCUUUACACUUCAGGCUUCCUCAUGUUCCUGUCCAUGCUGACCAUGACCAUGUACACCCGCACGCCGCCCACGCACCAUAGCAACAGCACUGGCAGCUCCUCCCUGCUACAGUGGGGUGGAAACCCCAUGCAGGCCUCGCCAACCUUUAACCCCAUCACACUCAUCCCGCUCAUCACCACCAUGGUCAUCAUAUUCGGCUACGCCAUGGGCUGGGGACCAAUCACAUGGCUGCUGAUGUCGGAGGUGCUGCCGCUGGGGGCUCGUGGGAUAGCGUCAGGCCUUUGCGUGGUGGUCAGCUGGCUCACCUCCUUCGUGCUCACAAAGGUCUUCAUGCAUGUUGUGGAGGCCCUUGGUCUGUUUGCCCCUUUCCUGUUCUUCAGCGUGGUGUGUGUGGUGAACAUCAUCUUCACGGGGGUGUGUGUUCCCGAGACCAAAGGCCGCUCCCUGGAGGAGAUCGAGAACUACUUCAGGACAGGGCGCUCCUUCACCAUCACCGACAGCGUCUCAAUCACGUCAUGACAAAGCCAGUAGGACAUUUAUGAAGAUGACGAGCAGCCGUGGAACUAAUGGUUAAGGACGUUGUCUGCAGAUCAGAGGGUUGCAGGUUUGAAUCCAACACUUAAGCCUACCUGUCCCUACACCUCCAUUCAUGUCUGGAGUGCCCUUGAGCAAGGCACCUAAACCCACGCUGUAACCAAUACCCUGUAAUGACUGUAAGUCGCUUUGGAUAUGUGUAAUGUAAUGUUAGGACAUGUACAGUAAUGUAUAAACAAACAAUGUUUCAUCCCAUGUGGACUCUCCAUACAAGAAAUGGUAGGCAAUGAAACCCUAACCCGACUCUCGACAGAUGAAUGGUUUCCACCUUGCUCCACGAGCAUUCAUCUAUAGAUCUACGCCAUAUGUGUAGGUAAAGGUCUGUGAAAGGGUGGUUAUAUAUAUAUAUUUUAAAGCUUUGCACAUGAUUGGGGAAACACUUGUCUGAAAUCUUUCAUGAGGUGCUAUUUUAACUACAUCAAAAGAGAAAAAGUCUGCUUCAAGCUGGAUUUUCUGCUCCCCCUUCUUUUAUUUUUCCAUGACAUUUCGGGAAUAAACCCUUACAUU